AUGUCAACAGUCCCAAUCCCUACGGCGCCGCGCGCGAUGCUGUCGGAGGCUUUGAACAACUCUGAAGCUUCAACAUCCCCUUCAGAGGAAGUGUUUAUAGCUGCGACUAGAAAAUUGUAUCCACGACUAGCGCUGUUCGGAGCCCUAGCUGGGUUCAAGAAUCAUCAAGAAAGGCGAAAACCAUCCAAUGACGAGAUUGUUGAAGCCCGCAGGAACUUCUUGGACUCUUUUUCAUAUCUCUGCGACGUCCAAAAAGGGGGAGCAACAGUAACUGCCGCUGGGUUGCAGAAACUAUCUCACGGCAAUAUUCUCUGGCUGGCGGCAAACGAGGGAAUACGCAACGAUAUCAGAACUUAUGCGGAAACCAUUUUAUCCUGUCUAAAAUCGGUGAAUUCUGAAACCGAGAAAACUGUUCAAGAAAAAAUCUUCCACCUUGCGGUGAAGAAUUGCAAUUCCCGAAUCUCGACCUACAACGAGGAAGUGCGACGGUAUGCGAGAAACUGCAGAAUGCAGUUGAGAGACGGGACAAAGAACGAUGUUGUGACACUCCUUCGAAGGAGACUCAAAAAGCUUUCCGAGCCACCGCCAAGCAUGGCGAUCGCUGAUAUUGUUGAUUACUGCUACGAUAUGCGAGUAGAUGAUGUCAACAAGAUCAAGAGAAUGUCUAAACAUUCAACGGAUGACUUCUGCAAGCUAGCCCAUUAUGUUGGACGUCUUGGCGCGACCCGAUCAGCCGCCCGCUAUGUCGUUAAGGGGAUGAUGACGGUUCCGGCUCUCGGCCACAUAUCCGGUAUUCGAACUGUUGAGGCACCAAGUAUCCGCAAGGUGAUAAUGGACCAGAGAGACUUGAGCCCAUACGAGAUUGUGCGGGAGAUCUGCAAAGAACCCGCUUCUCAAAAUCCUUUGCAAAACAGGAUGGCUCUUCGCACGCUUGUGGAGUUUGACCUGCCGUCUGAAACCAAUAACGUACGUGUGAGAUUGAAUUCGCAGAGCACAAUAAUUACGAGGGUACAUGCCGAACUACAAAUUGCCGACAAGUUCAGCCGGGACCAUUACGCAUUUGUGGAUGGCGACAAAUAUGUAGGUUGCAGCAAGCCAGCCUGCUACUUCUGCUUCCACUGGCUUAGCAACCAUAAGCAUGGGUACGCCCUUCCAGCGGCGCAUUACAAGAUCAUUCCUGGUUGUCGCGGGCCAGAUAGCAACAUCAAUGAGUCUGGCGCUGCUGUUUUGAAGGAGAUGUACGCCAAAUUGUGUGCUGGGCUUGGACAACACAUUCUUGACUUUCUCCUGAAGACAGGGUCAGGAGAUAAAAGGCAAUAUUACGAGAAUCAGGCCCAGUCGACAGAAGGUUCAAGCUAUGCCCAGAGUAGAAUUAUAUUAUAA